AUGACAUCAAGAGAUAGAAUCAAGUAUGCUCAACGAUUGAGAAGUGAAGACCCAAAAGGAGUACAGGAGAUAUAUCUCCAUGAACUUAGAGACUUGAAGAGAGAAUAUUCAGCAAGGACAGGUGGAGCAGUUAGAGCACCAAAGACUAGACCAAAUCCAUAUGGAUAUCUCAUAAGAGAUCAGCAGAGGGAAACAAUCAUGGAGGUGGAUUUAAGGUCAGGUACCAAAAACUAUGUCCAAAAUGUAAAAGGUGUCCAAUGUAGUCCAACUCUUCUCAAGGAAAUAGAUUUCUUAGAAAGACGUUCUCAUUCUCGAUAUGGUGCCAGAGUAAAGACCUACCUUUUCGACGAAUAUAAUACAUCCCAAGUAAAUAUAAUAUAA